CCCGAGCACUACAAGAACAAAACCCGAACUCUUUAUUUUUCAUUUGAGUGAAAAAGAGGCAGCAAACAAGAAAUCUGAGCCAACCCUUUAAUCUUUGAAUUAAUCUUUCCUCAUUCUUAACUAAGACCCAUCUCCCAGAAAACCCAAAAAUCGUAUCUUCAAGCCUUCUGUAAGAAGAAAUUGGAGAAGGAAAAUAAAUGAUGAUUUGAUUUUAUCAAGAAUCCAUCAAUGGGUUUGCCGAGAAUUGCCUUCUAUUUUGUUCCUGUUUUUCUGCUUAUUUUAACCAUUCUUGAGCUCACCCCAGUAUCCAAAUCAGCACCUGACUACACCAGUUUAGUGUACAAGGGCUGUGCCAAGCAAGUUUUAGCAGAUCCAACCGGGGUUUACUCACAAGCGCUCUCUGCCCUUUUCGGCACCCUCACUGCCCAAUCCUCCAAGGCCAAGUUUUACAAAACCACCACUGGCAGUGGCCAAACCACGAUUAAUGGCCUUUUUCAAUGCAGAGGGGACCUUUCAAAUGCUGAUUGCUACAAUUGUGUAAGCAGGUUGCCUAUACUCAUAGAUAAACUCUGUGGGAAGCCUAUUGCGGCAAGACUCCAGCUUUUUGGUUGCUACAUGCUUUAUGAAGUUGCAGGAUUUUCUCAAAUCUCCGGGAUGGAAAUGCUGUACAAGACUUGCAGUGGAAAGAACGCUGGAGGAGCUGGAUAUGAGGAAAAAAGAGACACUGCAUUUUCUUCAGUGGCAAAUGGCAUAGGAAAUGCCAAUGGAUUUUACACCACAAGUUAUGAGUCUGUUUACGUAUUGGGGCAAUGUGAGGGGGAUGUGGGCUCUUCUGACUGUGUGGAGUGUGUGAAAAAUGCUCUUCAGAGAGCUCAGGUUGAAUGUGGGAGUUCCAUUUCUGGCCAAAUCUAUCUUCACAAGUGCUUCAUCAGUUAUAGCUAUUAUCAAAAUGGGGUUCCUAAAAGAUCAUCAUCAUCGUCAUAUACUUCUCCUUCUUCAUCAUGGUCAGGGCAAAAUACAGGGAAGACAGUGGCUAUAAUAUUAGGAGGGGCGGCAGGAGUGGGGUUUUUAGUCAUUUGUUUGCUGUUUGUAAGAAAUUUAACCAAGAAGCAUGAUGAUUAUUGAGUGGAACAUAU